AUGGCUGUUGGAGAUCCAGCCACGAAGAAAAAGGCAAAAGGGAUCACCCCUUCUGUGGGGCUCAAUUUUGGAACUCUCGGAAGCACCACGACUCCAGUCACUACAUCUGCUUCUUCAGGCGGUUUUGGAACCAGUCUCUUUGGAUCUAAAGCUGCCACUGGGUUCACUCUAGGAGGAACAAAUACAGGAGUAGCAACAGCUAUAACUACAGGAUUAACGCUGGGAACGCCAGCCACUACAUCUGCUUCUACAACAGGCUUCAGCUUAGGAUUCAGUAAGCCUGCAGCGUCUGCCACGCCGUUUACUCUGCCUGUUACUUCUACCUCAGCUAGCGGUCUUACUCUUUCGUCUGCUCUGACAUCAACCCCAGCAGCAUCCACAGGGUUCACCCUAAAUAAUUUGGGUGGAACAACAGCUACCAGUACGACUGCAUCAACGGGCCUUUCUUUAGGGGGAGCCCUAGCUGGUUUGGGAGGCUCGCUUUUCCAGAGUGCAAACACAGCAGCAUCAGGACUUGGACAGAAUGCUCUAGGCUUGACUUUGGGAACCACAGCAGCUACUUCAACUGCAGGCAAUGAAGGCCUUGGUGGUAUAGAUUUUAGCAGCUCAUCAGAUAAAAAGAGUGAUAAAACAGGAACAAGACCAGAGGAUAGUAAAGCACUGAAGGAUGAAAAUCUACCUACUGUCAUCUGCCAGGAUGUUGAAAAUCUCCAGAAAUUUGUGAAGGAACAAAAACAGGUCCAAGAAGAAAUUAGUAGAAUGUCUUCGAAAGCAAUGCUUAAAGUACAAGAAGAUAUUAAAGCUCUGAAGCAGCUUCUGUCAUUGGCUGCCAGUGGAUUACAGAGAAACACUCUCAAUAUUGACAAAUUGAAAAUAGAAACUGCUCAGGAGUUAAAGAAUGCUGAAAUAGCUUUAAGAACCCAGAAAACACCACCUGGAUUCCAACAUGAAAACACAGCUCCGGCUGACUACUUCAGAAUCUUGGUUCAGCAGUUUGAGGUACAGCUUCAGCAGUACAGACAGCAGAUUGAAGAGCUAGAAAACCAUCUUGCCACUCAGGCAAACAACUCACAUAUAACUCCUCAAGAUCUGUCAAUGGCUAUGCAGAAAAUUUAUCAAACAUUUGUAGCUUUAGCUGCACAACUUCAGUCUAUUCAUGAAAAUGUCAAGGUGCUCAAAGAACAGUACCUUGGUUACAGGAAAAUGUUCUUGGGAGAUGCUGUAGAUGUGUUUGAAGCCAGGCGAGCAGAAGCCAAGAAGUGGCAGAAUGCACCCAGAGUUACUACUGGCCCCACCCCUUUCAGCAACAUGCCAAACGCAGCAGCCGUUGCCAUGGCUGCAACACUUACACAGCAGCAACAGCCUGCUACAGGGCCACAGCCAUCUCUGGGAGUUAGUUUUGGAACACCAUUCGGCUCAGGUAUUGGCACUGGCUUGCAAUCAAGUGGCUUAGGUUCUUCAAACCUUGGAGGAUUUGGAACUAGCUCUGGUUUUGGAUGCAGCACCACAGGGGCCUCCACAUUUGGAUUUGGAACAACAAAUAAACCCUCAGGAAGUCUUAGUGCAGGCUUUGGCAGCUCAAGUACAUCUGGGUUUAACUUCAGCAACCCUGGCAUCACGGCAUCAGCUGGUUUGACAUUUGGGGUGUCCAAUCCUGCCUCUGCAGGCUUUGGAACAGGAGGACAACUCCUUCAGCUGAAGAAACCUCCAGCUGGAAACAAAAGAGGAAAAAGAUAAACAUAUGGGUGGAUGUGUUGAGAGAAUCUAGAGCAGCAGCGUUCAUUUUAUGAGUCUAUUUUUCUAAACUUGAUGCAGUCAGUAAAUUGCAUCCCAGGAGAUUUCUAAAGUUUUGAUAUUUUUCCCUACUCUGGAAUUUGAACUGUGUUCUUAUUUGCCAUGCUAAACAUCUUUUCUUGUGUGAAUUUGAAACCCAGUUGUAUAUUUUUCGUUAUUUCGAUUCUCAGUGUAAGAAAUGUUCUGAUUACAUCGCUGGUUGGUAAAACCUACUAUUUAACCAAGUGUUAAUAGCAAUGUUUUUGUUGAUACAGUUUACAUUGUGUGAAUAUAUGCACAUGUGUUUCUUAUACAGAUGGUGUGAACUCGAGGGCCUGUACCCGAAUUAGCUGACUUCCUGGUAAAGGCCUUUUGAACUCCACUGCAGGGCAUCUUGUGAAUAUGUGUGUAAAUAUAUACAGAAUACUACACACAAUUGUGUGUGCAUAUAAAAUAUAUAUUUACAGACCUACAACUUUUGCCUCAGACUGUUCCCCUUUUCUAAGGGUAUUCCAUUUUUCACCUUUUAAGCUUCAGAUCCUCAGUGCUUGUAGAACAGUGAGCUAGAGAUACCAGGUCAUUGCAGUUAACUUGCUUAAAGACUUAGUGAAAUGGUUACUGGUGUAAAUAUUUGACCUACCCAACUUCACUGCCCCUAGUCUUUCCCAUUUUUGUUCCCCACCUUGACCUUUAGCAGCUACCUAAAUGAGGAAUGCUGUAAAACUCGAUCAGAUUUUAACAACUUUUAUUAUCCUUUAUGUCCUCAUUACCCAUAGGAGAUGUUUUUUCGUAUCUGAGAUGUACCUUCAAGAGCAUAUUUGAACUCCAGACUGGUCUUCUGGGGUAAAGAGCUAUUAAGCCAAAUUGAUUCUAUGCAGGUGAAGGAUGCACUAUGUAUGACUUUAGUGGAAACUUUUCUAGCUAUUCCAAUACAGGAGUUCUUUCUUAUAGGGCUAUUGAUACUGACACCAAAUGGAGUGGCUUAUCAGCCUCUUAGUGUCUUAAGUAAGUGCUUAAUUUGGAAUAGAAAAACUAUAUUUUAAGGAAAAAAGUAUUCUUUGUAGCAACUAUAAACUAUCCCCCUGUUUUAACAGUGAACAGAGCUCCAGGUAUAACACAUAGGUGUGUCAGGUGACAUCUGUGUAAUAUUUGUCUAUAUUAGUAUUAGUGACAUAGAGCGGGUGAGAAAGAGCCCUUGGAAAGAGAACUGCCUUAGCCAUGAUUUCAGACAGAAACCAUUAGGUAGACCUAUUUAUCUUUCAAGUAGCUUUCAGAUGGAAUGUGAACAUUGAAUUUCAUUGAAAAUAGUUUAAUUUUUAUAUAGAAGGUUUUGUACAUAAUGUGCAUCAAGUGAAUAUUUUCAGAAGCAUUUCACCAAGGCACUUUUUUUUUCUAAAAUAGGUAUUACAUAUAUAUGUGUCUAUAUAUAUCUAGAUAGAUAUAUAUAGACACAUAUACACACAUAUUUUUAGUAUAAUGUCAGUUGGAUUUGAUUAUAAAAGUGGUGUCAAAUCUGUUUUAUUUACCCUCCUAUAGCAAUGACUGGCUUUUUGAAAUUGAGAUUUUUGCGCCUUGAUGCAUUCAAAUAAGAAAAAUGCUUUGUUUCUUCUUGAUGCAUUCAAAUAAGAAAAAUGCUUUGUUUCUGAGCGCUAAAAGUUUUUAUUUUUGCACACUUCUCUAAUACUGCAGCCCCCAGAUCGACAUUUUGGGGAAGGACAAGAAAACAUGUAAUUUUGUGUUUUGAAUUACUGUCAGAAUUAAAUACACAGGUACAACAAACUUUUUUAAAAGGACAUUGCAUUGUGCCGCAAAAAUCUGAAUAUUUAUAUUUCUUGGUUUUUUUCUUUAUAUAUUUUACAUUUUAAUAUGUUGAACCACUGGAAAUUUGUAACAGAUCAAUUUGUGAUAGGAGUUUAAAUGUGUUGUCAUUGUCUCCAUUGUCUUCACUUUGUCUAGAGGCUAUAUCAUUAAGGAAACAAUAAAAUUUAUUGUGUCAGUUUCUUUGAAUCUU